AUGAACUCUCGCAACAAGAAAAGUGCAGGUUCGUUAUCAUCAGUGCCACAGUUUGGGGAUUGGGAACAGAAGGGGCAAGUACCUGAUUAUUCACUUGAUUUCUCUAAAAUAAGGGAAACAAGGAAACAUAACAAAUCAAAUAUUUCAAGAGCAAGUUUUGGAAAUGAACAAGAGUUCAAUAUAGAUUCAACCUCAACCUCCACCACCGCCCAAAGCCACAGCCACAGCAGUGACCAGCAACAACACGUCCCUCGCUAUCAUCAAACAAUCUCUCCCACUACAAGGAAGAGCUUCCUCAGCUAUUUCAACUGUUGUGGGAAAGCCUAA